AUGUCCCACGCUGCAGCAGGUUACACACGUCACGGAGGAGCUCCGGUUCCAAAAGCAGGUCCUUUCUACAGAUACUCUGCCACGUUCUUGGGCGCCACCAUGUGGUUCUGGUUGUUCUACAGAGCAAAGCACGACUGGAAGCAGUGGGUGGGUAUCGAACACCCAUGGGACCACGCCCACUAA